GUCCAAUGUUAUGGACUGAAACCAUUGUAAGGUAUGAGACUUGUUCCACAUCGAUUGUAUGUAUGGACAAUUGAUGUGGGGUUUAUAGGCCAAAUGGGUUCCCUCACCUAUCAGGCUAGUCUUUUGGUUGAGUUCUUCCGUUUGGUCUGUAAUAUCCAACACUUCCUCAAUAGCAGGAUUUGCGUUCCAGGCUUCCAGCGCCGUCCAACACUUCCGAGUUCCGAGAAACCAAUUCGCGUUACGGUGCCGUCCAACACUUCUGAGAAACCAAUUUGCGUUACGGCAGAUUCGCAGACGCAGUCCAACAGAUUACUUCAAGCGCCGUCCCUUAGGAAUUUUCCAAAUGCAGACACAGAUUACUUCGGCCUAUUGAAUUCGCAGACGCAGUCUAACAGCUUACUUCGCCCUACUGGUUUCUUCUUCAAGCGCAAUCUGCCUAUUGACCUUAGUCUUCAAGCGCCGUCCAACACUUCCGAGAAACCAAUUCGGCCUAUUGGUUUCUUCUUCAAGCACAGAAGUUAGUGACGAGAAUCUUCAAUUUUUGUCCAAGAUUGAAGCAUCUAACCCAAGAAGGUAUGAAAUCAUAUGUUCUUUAAUUUUUUUAUCAAAUGAUUCUAGCAUUUGAAGUUUCCUAGACUGUAAAUUGUUUCCCUGAGAAUAAAUUUUCCCCAGACUG